CCCAAACCAACAACAGAGAGAAAAAAAAGGCCGGCGUGGAGUUUACGCUUAUACCCUUUCACUUCCAUUAGGGCAAUUCUUGCUGCCUACUCCAUAUUCGUACUCAGCUGUCCAUUCGGAUUUCCUCUCAGCUGCUUUGCUUUUGUCACGCCCCCACCCGACCCUUCUUCUCCCCCACGCACUCCCUUCUUCACCCCUCUCCCUCGCUCUCGCGCGCCUUCCGAUCGCCUAGGGUUUCUGCACAAUCGUGUGUGUGUGUUCUCAGUUGUUGACAUAGCGUCAGAUGUCGAAAGCUAGUUCCAAAGCCACCGCGGGAACGCUGGCCGCCGGCGGGAAGACCGGCGUCCGGAUUGUCGUCGCUGGCGACCGCGGCACAGGGAAGUCCAGCUUGAUAAUCACUGCCGCAAUCGAUAAUUUCCCGGCUACUUGCCCUCCUGUUCUGCCUCCCACCAGGCUCGCCGAGGAUUUCUACCCCGACCGGGUUCCCGUCACCAUCAUUGAUACCUCCUCCAAGUUGGAGGAUACUGGGAAAGUUGCUGAGGAACUGAAGCGAGCUGAUGCGGUUGUCCUAACUUAUGCGUGUGAUAAGCCGGAGACUCUUGACCGGUUGAGUACCUUCUGGUUGCCUAAGCUGCGACAGUUGGAGGUGAAGGUUCCGGUUAUUGUAGUUGGUUGUAAACUGGAUUUGAGGGAUGAGAACCAGCAAGUGAGCUUGGAGCAAGUGAUGUCACCAAUAAUGCAACAGUUUCGAGAGAUUGAAACCUGCAUUGAGUGUUCGUCAUUCAAGCGCAUUCAGAUCCCCGAGGUGUUUUAUUAUGCACAAAAAGCAGUACUUCAUCCUACUGGUCCUUUAUUCGAUCAGGAAACACAAACACUAAAGCCAAGGUGUGUCAGAGCCUUGAAGCGGAUAUUUAUUCUUUGUGAUCACGACAGAGAUGGUGCCCUUAGUGAUGCAGAGUUAAACGACUUUCAGGUCAAAUGUUUCAACGCUCCGUUGCAACCUUCAGAAAUUGUGGGCGUGAAGAGGGUUGUUGAAGAAAAGUUGCCUGGUGGUGGAGCUACUGAUGGAGGAGUUAAUGAACGCGGUUUGACGUUGACUGGUUUUCUUUUUCUCCAUGCCCUGUUCAUAGAAAAAGGACGACUUGAGACAACUUGGACUGUUCUCAGGAAAUUUGGUUACAAUAACGAUAUCAGACUCGAUGAUGAAUUAAUCCCAUCAUUUAAACGUGCUCCUGAUCAGAGCGUCGAGCUUUCAAGUCAACCUCUCGAAUUCUUAAGGGGGAUCUACGAGUUAUUUGACAGCGAUUAUGAUAACAACCUUCGGCCUGAUGAGCUGGAUGAUAUUUUUUCGACUGCACCCGAUAGCCCCUGGGAUGAGCCUCCAUACAAGGAUGCUGCAGAGAGAACUUCACUGGGUGGCCUCUCAGUUAAUGCAUUCUUAUCUGAGUGGGCCCUGAUGAUACUUCUAGAGCCAUCUCGUGCUGUGGAGUACUUGAUUUACAUUGGAUAUCUAGGAGAUCCUUCUACCGCUGUUCAUGUAACAAGGAAAAGGCGUUUGGACCGCAAGAAGCAACAAUCAGAAAGAAAUGUUUUCCAGUGCUUUGUCUUUGGACCAAAGAAAGCUGGAAAGACUUCAUUGUUGAAUUCUUUUAUUGGAAGGCCCUGUCCUGAUGGUCAUGCUUCAACAACUGAAGAGAAGUUUGCAGCGAAUGUCGUUGAUCUUCCUGGUGGUAGCAAGAAAACCCUUGUAUUGAGAGAGAUUCCUGAAAAGGAAGUUAAGGGCUUGCUUUCAAGUAAAGAAUCUCUAGCUUCAUGCGACAUUGCAGUGUUUGUUUAUGAUAGUUCUGAUGAGUCCUCAUGGAAGAGAGCGACUGAAUUGCUUCUGGAUGUUGCUGGUCAUGGUGAAGAUACUGGCUAUGAGGUGCCUAGCCUGAUAAUUGCAGCUAAAGAUGAUCUCAGUUCAUUCCCGAUGGCAAUUCAGGAGACCACAAGGGUCACUCAAGAUUUGGGGAUAGAGGCUCCGAUUCCCAUCAGUUCGAGAAUGGGCGAUACGAAUAAUGUCUUCCGUAGGAUUGUAAACGCGGCUGAGCACCCUCAUUUGAGCAUUCCCGAAACUGAAGCUGGAAAAAGUCGCAAACAGUACCAUCGUCUCGUCAACCGCUCGCUUAUGUUUGUUUCAGUUGGAGCUGCUGUCGCCAUUGUUGGUCUGGCAGCCUACCGAGUUUAUGCUGCACGAAAGAACUCAUCGAGCUAAAGUGAGAUUCGAUUAGCAAUCAUCUCUCUGUUGUGCGAGGAUGGCAUCUAGGAAGCAGACAUCAACCCAUUUGGAUGUGUUGUUAGUUGGGUAGUUUCUCUUGGGAGUUGUAUUCGACUGUAGGAAUAGUUAAUGCAUUCCUCGUUUGUUAAUGUCUUUCAUCAAUGAUGGGAAGUUUAUUAAAUCCAGUGGAGUAGAGUUUCAGUAGUUUUGAAGCUUGACAGAGCAUCCCAUCUCCAUUUGUAGGAAUGCGUUAGGGUGGCUGCCAAAAUUCCACUAGCCAUCUUGGCUACCUUAGUAUCCGCCAUCUUUUCUUCCUUUUUUAAUCUUACUGUUAAGAUUGUUGAAGAAUAAUUUUCGAAGAAAAAAUGUGACCACCCAUGAUUAUUUUAUAUAUUCAAACCCAAAUCUUACAUUUAACCUAACCUUCCUCUGAUCAAACCUGCUGCAGCCGUAAGCUCCCAUCGUCGUUCCAUUCACCAACUCAGCACUCACCGUCGCCUCUGCCGCUGGCAACAAACAAAGCAUUUACAA